AUGGCUUCUGAGACACGCAUUCAGCUUCCUGUCAUUGACAUAUCCAACACAACAGCCGCGGUGGGCAAGGAAGUGAUCGACGCAGCGAUACAGUAUGGUUUCCUCUACAUUGAUACGGCGAGCAGCUGCUUCUCGAAAGAAGAGAUAGAUUCUACGUUUAAAAUGGCCGAAGAAUUCUUUGCCUCUCCAAUCGAGCAGAAGAAGAAAGUAGAAAUCAAAGAAGAUGUAUCGAGGAGAUUUCAAAGAGUAUACCCCCAACCGUUCAAUGGUAUUUUCCAUUUUGUUAAUUCCCAUCCAACCAGGGCAAUCAACUUUGGCGAAUUCAAGAACAGCAAAGCCUCCCAACCCCUUCCUGAAUCCCUCGUCCCUCAUGAAGCGGACAUCAACCACUUUACGACCCUAUGUCAAAAGACAUGCGGUCGUCUACUCACCCUCCUCGCGCUAGGGCUAGAGAUACCACCAGACUGGUUCUCAAGCCGACACGACGCUUCCAAGGGUCCGUCAGGCAGCACGCUUCGAUACCUGUACUAUCCUUCCCGCAAGUCUCCCGCCACAGCAACCUUCAAGCAUGGCAUUGACGUUCGUGCCGGCGCGCACAGCGACUACGGCAGCAUCACCCUGCUCUUCCAACGGGAUGGCCAGCCGGGGCUGGAAAUACUCACGCCUUCUAACGAGUGGGCUGGCGUGCCUGUUCGGCCCGUUGGGGCGGGGAGCGUGGGCUCGCCGCCUGUACUGGUUAAUAUAGGUGAUUUGCUGAGCCAUUGGACAUGUGGGCUGUUGAAGUCUACUGUUCAUCGGGUGGUGUUUCCUGUCGGUGCGGCGCGGGAGAGGGAUAGGUAUAGUGUUGUGUAUUUCUGCCAUCCUGUUCAUGAGACGGAGCUUGUUCCCGUGCCGAGCAAGUUGGUCGAUGAGCGGCGGAAGGGCGCGUGCGGUGGGGUUAAAGUGCAGACUGCGCAGGAGCAUUUGGCGAGUCGGCUGGCUGCUACGUAUGGUGGGCUGGCGGAUUAUCGGCGGGAGAAAGGAGAAAUGAAAAUAUCCUAUUGA